AUGGGAAACCCAUAUGAGCCGUCGGCUCGCACGGACUCCUAUCGUGUGGCGACAAUGAAUGAGGAGAAUGAGAAGAUUAAUGGCCAGAAGCUAGAAACACUUCCGGAGUCUGAUGAAAAGCCGUUGAUUGAUGAGAAGAACAAGGAUAAGGAAAAGCCGAAGAAGAAGGAGAAGAAAAAGGAUGAAAAGGCAAAGCCGGAAGGGAAGCCCGAUUUGGAUGAUUUAAAGAAAGAAGUUGAUAUGGAUGUUCAUACAGUACCCUUGGAUACAUUGCUGGACAGAUAUCAAGGUGAUUCCGAGAAGGGGCUAACUGAGGUGAAAGCCAAAGAGUACUACACCAGGGAUGGCCCAAAUGCUUUAACGCCUCCCAAGGAAACACCAGAAUGGGUGAAAUUCUGCAAGAAUCUUUUUGGAGGCUUUGCAAUGCUACUCUGGAUCGGUGCCCUUUUGUGCUUCAUUGCAUACACUGUCGACUACUUGAGCAUGGAAUACCCUUCGAACGAUAACCUUUACCUUGGUAUUGUACUGGCUGGAGUUGUGAUCAUCACCGGUGUCUUCCAAUACUAUCAAGAGAGCAAGAGCUCGAAGAUUAUGGAUUCUUUUAAGAACAUGGUACCGCAGUAUGCAAUGGUAAUUCGCGACGGUGUCAAACGGCAAGUUCGAGCCGACGAGCUGGUGCAAGGAGACCUCGUUGAAAUCAAGGGUGGCGAUCGAAUCCCGGCCGAUGUCCGAGUCAUCCACGCCCAAGGAUUCAAGGUUGACAACUCUUCCCUGACCGGAGAAUCUGAACCUCUGUCCCGCUCCGCUGAAUGCACUAAUGAUAACCCAUUGGAGACCAAGAACCUAGCCUUCUUCUCCACGAACGCCGUUGAAGGAACUGCCAAGGCUGUUGUUGUAAACACCGGAGAUAGAACUGUUAUGGGACGAAUUGCUCACUUGGCUUCUGGACUACAGAGCGGAAAAACCCCGAUCGCCCGUGAAAUCGAGCAUUUCAUUCAUAUUAUCACUGGAGUGGCUGUAUUCCUUGGCGUCACUUUCUUCAUCAUUGCAUUCUGCCUUGGUUAUCAUUGGCUGAACGCUGUCGUUUUCUUGAUUGGUAUUAUUGUUGCCAAUGUCCCUGAAGGCUUGAUCGCGACGGUUACGGUUUGUCUGACCCUCACUGCCAAACGAAUGGCUUCUAAAAACUGCUUGGUCAAGAACUUGGAAGCUGUCGAGACCCUGGGGUCGACUUCGACUAUUUGCUCUGACAAGACCGGUACCCUGACGCAGAAUCGAAUGACAGUUGCUCACAUGUGGUUCGACAACAAAAUCGUCGAGAUGGACACGACCGAGACGCAAGCUGAUGUCGUACAAAAAGACCAUCCGGCCAGUCAGCGGGCCCUGUUUACUAUCGCUGCUCUAUGCAAUCGAGCUGAAUUUAAGAGUGCCCAGGAAGACGUGCCGAUUCUGAAACGUGAAUGCACUGGUGACGCUUCGGAAAGUGCUCUCCUGAAAUGCGUUGAAAUGCAAAUUGGCGAGGUUCAGGAAUGGAGAAAACGCUCCAACAAAGUCGCCGAAAUCCCCUUCAAUUCCACCAACAAAUACCAAGUCUCGAUCCAUGAGAACGAGAACGGAGAGGGAUAUUUCAUCGUGAUGAAGGGAGCACCGGAAAGAAUCGUCGAGCGCUGCAAGACUAUUCUGGUCGUGAUGGUAACUGGUGAUCAUCCGAUCACUGCUCAAGCCAUCGCCAAGUCGGUGGGAAUCAUCAGCGAAGGAUCGGAAACCGUUGAGGAUAUUGCGUUGCGGAAAGGGGUCCCAAUCGCCUCGGUCAACCCUCGCGAAGCUAGAGCUGCUGUAAUCCAUGGAACUGACCUACGCGAAAUGACAACCGAACAGCUUGAUGAUAUCUUAGUCAGCCACGAGGAAAUUGUCUUUGCGAGAACCUCUCCACAACAAAAGCUAAUGAUCGUCGAAGGAUUCCAACGUCAAGGCCAAAUCGUUGCUGUGACUGGUGAUGGUGUCAACGACUCGCCAGCUUUAAAGAAAGCUGAUAUCGGAGUCGCCAUGGGUAUCGCUGGCUCGGAUGUAUCAAAACAAGCAGCCGAUAUGAUCCUGCUCGAUGAUAACUUUGCUUCGAUUGUCGUUGGAGUAGAGGAAGGACGUCUGAUUUUUGACAACCUCAAGAAAUCGAUCGCCUACACCCUCACCUCGAACAUCCCCGAAAUCUCGCCGUUCCUUUCUUUCAUCCUUCUCGACAUCCCACUUCCGCUCGGAACCGUGACUAUCCUUUGUAUCGACCUUGGAACUGACUUGUGGCCCGCCAUUUCACUUGCAUAUGAAGAAGCCGAAUCCGACAUCAUGAAGCGUAGGCCUAGGGAUCCUAAGCAUGACAAGCUGGUGAAUGAACGGCUGAUUUCUUUGGCAUACGGCCAAAUUGGAAUGAUUCAAGCGUCUGCCGGGUUCUUUUCGUAUAUGGUGAUCAUGGCGGACAACGGAUUCUACCCAUGGGAUUUGUUAGGUCUGCGCGCCAAAUGGGAUUCUCGUGCCAUCAAUAACGUCGUUGAUUCUUACGGUCAAGAAUGGACCUAUGCCAACCGGAAGGUCCUGGAAUACACCUGUCAUACCGCGUUUUUCGUUUCGAUCGUUGUUGUGCAAUGGGCUGAUCUGAUCAUUUCAAAGACCAGACGCAAUUCUUUGAUUCAACAGGGAAUGGGCAACUGGACCCUAAACUUUGGGCUCGUUUUCGAGACGGCUUUGGCGUGGUUCAUGUGCUAUUGCCCGGGCCUGGAUAAUGGAUUGAGAAUGUAUUCGCUGAGAUGGCAAUGGUGGUUCCCAGCCCUUCCUUUCUCACUUCUCAUCUUUAUCUACGAUGAAUCCCGCCGUUCGUUGAUCCGAAAAUACCCAGGAGGGUGGGUCGAGCGCGAGACUUACUAC